UCUUCGAGAAGCGAGAGCCCUGUGUUGCUGGGAAGAUGUUUUAUUCAGGUAUUCUGACAGAGCCAAGCAGAAAAGAAGUGGAGAUAAGGGAGGCGGCUUCUCUGCGCCAGCAGAGGAGGAUGAAGCAGGCGGUUCAGUUUAUUCACAAGGAUUCUGCAGAUCUUCUCCCUCUGGAUGGGCUGAAGAAACUGGGGACUUCAAAAGAUACCCAACCACAUAACAUCCUGCAGAAGCGCCUGAUGGAAACAAAUUUAUCAAAAUUACGAAGCAGCCGAGGCAGCUGGGCUCCAAAGAGUGACAUCUCAGCCCAGACCAACAAGAUGAAUCAAACCAAACUGGGCAGCUUGGGGAAAAUGGAGGACGAGGAGCUCAUAGUGGUGAGCUGCCAGUGUGCAGGAAAGGAGCUGAAGGCCGUGGUGGAUACCGGCUCGCAGCACAACCUCAUGUCAUCUGCCUGCCUGGACAGGCUGGGGUUAAAAGAGCAUCUCAAAGCACUCCCUGGUGAAGAAGAGAUGGUUUCCUUCCCAUCCAAGGGGAAGGCAAUUGGCCAGAUUGAGUGCCUCGUCCUCACAGUGGGAGCAGUUCCUGUGGAGUGUGCAGCCUUCGUCGUGGAAGACAGUGAGAAACCGUUCUCCUUUGGGCUGAAGACACUGAAAUCUCUGAAGUGUGUCAUAAACAUGGAGAAGCACCAUCUCGUUCUGGGGAAGACGGACAGGGAAGAAAUCCCGUUUGUGGGCAGCGGCAGCGCUGAGGCAGGCGAGCACAGUUUGGAGGCAUAAAGAGAAAUUGAAACACCGGCCCCACAACAUGAGCUUGACAUCAAAGAAAUCCUGUGCAGCUGUUCCAGAUGGACAGCAGCGUGCUGCUUUGAAAACGUUUAUACUAGGCUACAGCUUGAGUAGAGCUAAAUGAAAUCCUGUUCAGUAGCCAGUAAUUUAGAAAUCUUGUCAUGUUUAUCUAUGGGUUUUGAGAAACAAAU